GAACGGCGAUAACGCAAACAUUAACUAAAUAACUAAAACAGUAAAAUCAGUAAUCACUACAAUAAUAUAUAUUUUAAUUUGUAAUAUUAUUUUUAUCUGUGAGACUAUACCGUGAAUACCGAUGACAAUUUACUGUAAAGUGACAAUUCAUACUUAUAUAAUUGAUUAAUUUCUAACAAUAAAAAGUUUACAAUGGGUAAGGCAAAAAAUGCAAAAUUGCGACAUUAUCGAAAAGAAUGGGAAAAAUGUUCAUGGGCUCAAGGUUGGUUGUGUGAAGCAGAUAAAAAUGAUAAUAAUGUCAAUGAAGCAUUUUGUAAAAUUUGUAAAUCAUUUCUGAGAGCCCAUCAAACAGAUCUAAAAAAACAUAGUAAUGGCAAAACACAUAUUGCCAAAAUGAAAAUGAUAGUUUCAGAACCUAGCCAAAGUAAAAUAAGUAAUAUAAUCAUUAUAACAAACGAACAAAAAGAAAUCGAUCUGAAAUUGGCACUUUAUGUAGCGACUCAUUCUUCUAUUAGGAAUAUGGACCAUUUGACAGAUAUUUUAAAAUCAAUAGGAAAAGGUUCUCCUCUGUCGAAUUUAAAAAUGCAUCGUACAAAAUGUUCUAGUUUAAUAAAAAAUGUUAUCGGUCCUUCUUUACUAGAGAAUGUUGUAAAUGAUUGUAAUGGAAAUCCAUUUUCGUUAAUUGUAGAUGAGUCUACCGAUGUGUCCGUAGUUAAAUAUUUAUGUUUGUGUAUUAAAUAUUUUAGUAUUCAAGAUCAAAAAAUUAAAAUUCAAUUUUUAGGCCUAAUUGAAGUAGAAAAAUGUACAGCUGACUUAUUAUAUGAACAUAUCUGUAAAUACAUUGAUCGCAUAGGCCUAAAUCUAAAAAAUUUAAUUGGGAUUGGAACUGAUGGUGCAAGUAACUUAUGUGGUAGAAACCAUUCACUGUUUACUUUACUUAGACAGCAAAAUCCUAAUUUACAAAUAGUACGAUGCAUUUGCCAUUCUCUGAAUAAUGCUAUUUCAAAAGCAGCUGAUGUGUUUCCUAGUCACAUAGAUUUCAUCUGUAGAGAAGUAUUUAAUUGGUUCCAUAUAAGUCCAUUAAGGAGGGCAGAAUAUAAAAACACAUUUGACCUAUUAAAUACUAAUACUAAUGGUAAAAAUAAAAAGUUCCAUCAAUUUCAUCAACUAUCCGGUACCAGAUGGUUAGCACGUUCCUAUGUUGUUAGUACAAUUUUAGAGCAUUGGUUUGAAUUAAAAACACAUUUCAAAUAUGUUGUUAAAAAAGAAAAAUGCUAUAUUGCUCGAACUUUGAACGAAAUGUUUCAUGAUGAUAUUAAUUAUUUGUAUUUAAUAAUAAUAAAGCCAAUAUUAGAAGAGUUUAAUAGGUUGAAUUUAACAUUUCAAAAAAAUUUUGUCGACAUUGGAAAAUCGUAUGAUGAUAUCUGUGGAUUAUAUAUGUUUUUAGCAAAAAAAAUAAUGAAAACGACUUUAACCUCGUCAGAUAUUAACAAUAUUAGACAAAACAUAUCUAAUGAAAGCGCUUAUCUUCCAGUAGAUAAAUGUAACUUUGGUAUACAGUACUAUCAAUUAAUAAAUACUCUUAAAAUUGCAUCGGAUACUAAACAUGUUGUUGAUGUUAAAGCACUAGCAUUCAUAAAAGCUUUAUUAUUUGAAUUAGAUAAAAGACUUCCAGAUAAUUUAAAAUUAUUUCAAGAACUGCAGUAUUUUUCUCCAAAACAAUGUCUCAAUCAAUUACAUCCAAAAUUUUCCAAUUUACCAUUUAUUCAUAAAUUUCUUGAACAAUCAAUGUUUUCUUCUUUAGAAGUACAGUGGGAAAACAUCUUGAAUAUUACUUGGUCUAUUCAUUUAUCUGAAGAGGAGUUAAAUGAUAGUCAUGCAUUUUGGGCUAAACUAUAUUUUUUUAAAGAUGCUGGUGGGUCAUUCAUUUUCAGAGAUCUCUCUGAAUUUGUACUAAAAGUGUUAUGUCUACCUUCAAGCAAUGCAGUUGUUGAAAGGAUAUUUUCAAUAAUGAAUGCAAUUAAAACAAGAUCUAGAAAUAGAAUGAACUUUUCUAUGUUAGAUAGCUUAUUAAGAAUUAGAAGCAGUUUUACAUCAAAGACUAAAUGUUGUACUGAAUUUUCACCCUCAAAAGCUAUGUAUGAUAAAUUUAAUUCAAAUAUUAUGUAUUCAAAACCUGAAAAUGAAUCUAUUCCAAGUUCUGGAAACAACUAUAUUUAUGAUGAUGAAGAUAAUACUAUAGAUAUCUUUAAUGAAAUUACAUUAUCUGAAUCUGAGAACUUUUAUUAA